CCAUGAGAAACGAAGAAAAAGAAGCUCGGAGUUGCUAUUCAGAAACCGUGUAUAUGAGUACCCAAGGAUUUGUGGAGAUAUUGGUCCUUGAUGGUUGCUUUAUCAUUGAGCUAAUCCGCAAAUUUGCCUGCGAUGAACUCAAAGACGAGCACCACGAUCUUUUCAAGCUCAAUUUUAAUCUAUCCAUCCUUGGAUAAGAGUUGCUGCUGGUUGAAAAUCAACUACCUUUCUUUGUGCUUGACCAGUUGUUUAAAAUGACCAAGACGGAAAAUGAAGAAGAAGCUUUCAUCCACAUGGCUCUUCGUUUCUUCUCUGGAAUAGGUCCGGGGCCAGGGAUUCGAGUUGGAAAUUACCAUCGUUCUGUCCGAAAGAAGAGAAAACGUAUCCUGCAUCUACUCGGGUUAGUGCAAGCCAAUUGGCUCCCCUCAUCCGAAGGAAUAAAGCGUUCGGAGCAGCCUGUGACAGAUCGCAAGUGGAAUUUCUUACGUUCUGCCAAAGAGCUCUUAGAUGUAGGAAUCAAGUUCAAAAAGGCUAGCGGAGAGAAUAGCUUGUUUGAUAUCAAGUUUGAAAAGGGUCGAUUUCAGAUUCCGACCCUGACGAUUUACCAUGAUACAGAGCGUAUCUUCCGGAACUUCACUGCCUAUGAACAAUUCAACGAAGGUCCUACUUAUGUCAUGGAUUACACAAGAUUCAUGGACUGCCUCAUCAACUAUGGCGACGACGUGGCAUUGCUAUCUCACAGUGGAAUCAUUGUUAACUGGUUAGGAAGCAAUGAAGAGGUUGCCCACAUGUUCAACAAACUGAAUGACUUCGUACACUUGUCCACCUCCAACUUCUAUUACUUGGAGUUAUUUAUUGAUGUGAACAAUAUUGCCGGGGUCGAUGGACGUUAUGGAAGAUCAAGCUGACGAAUAAAUAUUUCGACACUCCAUGGGAUUAGGUCCUUGCGUCUAUUAUAGCCGGACCUAUCUUGCUACUACUUACCUUGGUGCAAACUGUUUUUGCAGUCCUUUCUUAUUUUAAGCAGGGCAAUUGAUUGCUCUUCCAGGUAGGAAUCCGGUUCAAGAAAGGUAAGGGGAACAGCUUAUUUGAUAUCAAGCUUGAAAUGGCGAAAAUGCAGAUGUUGAAUGAUUGUUCUUAACAUGGUGUAUUGCAAUUGAUUGUUCUUCAUUCACUCGUGU